CAGGGCAUCAGAGGAGGACCCCAAUGGAGGACCCCAGCCUUAACUUGUUUAAAACCAUAGUCCAAGAGGUCCCUUAAGGAGUAAUGCUAAUGGUAAGCACUUCAGACACAAAAAGCAAGACAAUUUGGGCCUGAUAGUUUUGGUAUCAGAAGCUUUCACUGCUCCUCCCCCUUGCCUCAAAACAGAAGGUAGUCUCCAAUUAUAUCUGUGAGGAAGGGUAUGGUUACAAACCAAAGCUAUAUUUGUGAUCAAGAUAUAUCUAGUGAUGUUGAAAACUAGACCCACAGGGUAAGACCUUUCAAGUCAAUUUCUAUAAAUAAUGACCAUGGUAUUAGAACUAUGGGAGAUAGUUUUUCUUCUAAUCUGUUUCUCAUUAAAUAUAGCUGCCCAGCACCUUGUUAAUAUUAUUAAGAAAUAAUUUUACCUGCAGCUGAGGCCUUUAAAUAUUAGCAGAUUGAAGUCUCCUCCUACCUUGAAUCUGCAAAGUCCUACCACUUCCCUAGCCAAUAUCCAAAUUACAUAGGAAGCUAUGAAAAUCACUGUAGGAAUGACAGUACUAGAAUUUUUAGCAAAUGGCAUUACUAGUCAAAGAAAAGCUUUAGGAGCUUCCUUUCUCCCUUGGGAACCAAAAUAGAUGUAGAGCAUACUCUCUGGCUUUGUUAAGCAAGAAGGAUAUCAAGAGCACUGAUGCAAAGUAAUAGGAAUCUACUAGAUAGGGAUCCCACUCCACCACAGAAUGUUAUUAAAUGGACCCUCACGGAAGAAGCUUGCAAGUGACCUCUAAGAUAACAAAGAUCCAACCAUAUUAAGGCAAGAUGAAAGACCGGCUCCCAGAGUUGCUGGAAUUAGCCAAGCAGUAUGACCAACAGUUUUCUGAUGGAGAGGAUGACAGUGACUUGAUCGACGAGAAUGUGGUAUUUGAGACAGACUACAUCCUGGAAUCUUUGUACAAAGACAUCCGAGACAUCCAGACGGAGAACCAUCUGCUGGCCGUGGACGUCAAGCGCCUGGGCAAGCAGAAUGCCCGCUUCCUCACCUCCAUGCGCCGUCUCAGCAGCAUUAAGCGGGACACCAACUCCAUCGCUAAGGACAUCAAAACCCGGGGAGAAGCCAUCCAUAAGAAGCUGCAGCGCAUGAAAGCUUUCAGCGAAAGAGCCGAGGAGAAGCACGGGGCCAAUUCCGCCAUGGCCCGAAUCUCCAAGGCCCAGUACAACGCUCUCACUCGGGCUUUCCAGGAGGCCAUGCAGGACUACAACCAAGCCGAGGCUAACCAGAGGGAGAACUGCAAGAUCCGCAUUCAGCGGCAGCUGGAGAUCAUGGGCAAAGAGGUCUCCGGGGCUCAGAUAGAAGAGAUGUGUGAGCAGGGUAAGUGGGACGUUUUCUCCGAGAACCUCCUGGCGGACGUGAAAGGGGCUCGGUCCGCCCUGAACGAGAUUGAGAGCCGGCACAAGGAGCUCGUGAAAUUGGAGAGCCGGAUCCGGGAGGUGCAUGAACUCUUCCUCCAAAUGGCUUUGCUCGUGGAAGAGCAGGGGGACACACUGAAUGUCAUAGAGCUGAACGUGGAAAAGACCCUGAGUUACACAGGGGAGGCAAAAGCUCACGUGAAGAAAGCAGUGGAGUACAAGAAAAGGAAUCCUUGCCGGACAUUUUGCUGCUAUUGCUGUCGGUGCCUCGAGUAAGAAGGACGCGCUAGAAUCCCUGGGUCCCCAUCACCACCAACUGACUGUGACUAGAAUGUGCUGAACGAACACAUUUUGAUCAAGACUUUUACAAGAACAACGAGUUGGACCUUCCUCACGGGGCUUCGGGGAUGGCUGUUGGUCAUCUUUCUGUCUCUCAGAGGAAAGCAGCAGCAGCAGCAGAAAGUUGGUCUCUAAAAUAUUCAGUUCCACCUCCUCUCUAAAAGAUAAUUUAUGCUGCCAAAGUUUUCAUCAGUAAAAAAAACAAACAAAAAAAACAACAACCAAGAUUUGUUAUAAUACUAACUCUUAUUAGCUCUGUGUAUGAUGUAUCCAAAAUGCUUUCAUUCUUUUAAUGGAAAACAACAUUCUUAUCCUUGGAAAGUUAAUAUUAUAAAAGUUUUUCUUAGUAUUCUCAGCAAAGGGAAGAACAAUUAUAGGCCCGAUAAAAUUAUGAGGUUUCUUACUAAUUUGAUCAUGAUCAAAUAGGCUGAUUCCAAUUGAAUUGGAAAAGUAAAUUACUUCCUCGCAUAAUUAGAUGCUGGAAUCCUCCUAAGACCUGGUCCUUGAAAUUUUGAUUCACUUGGAAACAGAGAGAAAAUGUAAAAUUGCUUUUCUCCCUUGCUAAAUUGGGUUUUUUGUUUUGUUUUGUUUUUGUAAGGUCACAACCCAGACACUCUCCUGGGCUAAUCUUUAUUAUUUUAUUAAACAUUCACUAGUUCCUUGUUUCCAUUCUGUUGGAAAACAUUUUGGGAAUGGUUUUCAAAUAUUUUUAAGCACUGAAGAUUGAAUAGGUACAAAGCACUUGCAUUACAGCACCCAUAUUUUUAGACUUCUGUAUAUAUUAAAGUAAUAUAAAGUUCACUUUUUUUUAACUUGUCGAUUUUAUGCACACAUGAAUAUCUUGGCACAUACAAGAAUAGAACAUUAGAAUUCACUCUUGUUCAUAUAUAAGUGCUAAGCCAACUCACUUUCCUUUAGAAUGAUGAAUACCCCCUUUAAAAAAAUACUAGGUAGAUCCCAGUACCCUAAGAAAAGCAGGCCUUUCAUUUCCAAACCUCCGCUGGCUACAUAAUUUUUGUAAAAUUUCUCUUCUGUCCUGUAAAACCUACCAAAAAUAUUUUGGAACUCUCUGUACUGAUUCUAUAUGGCAAAGACAGGAAAAAGGAGUCAGAAAGACAUGCAGAACAAAUCACACCAGCACUAAUUCAAGAAUGUCUUAGGACAGAUGACAAGCAACUAGCUACAGCUAAUUCUUCCUUUUAGCAGAAUGGUAGAUUAAAAAGAGCCCUAAUCUUGAAGUGAGGACACCUCAGGGCUUACAUCUUGCCAGUUCAGUGUCUUUAUAACAUCAGCCAUGUUACUUUACCUCUUACUUUUUAGUAUCCUUGUCUGUAAAAUAAUGGGUUCUAUAAUAUUUGAAAACCAUAGCUAUAAAAGGCAAAAUAUUAUCCAUUUUAAGAAAUUAAAUUGGACAAAAUUAAAGGCCUAAAUGAUCUCCUGAG